CCGGCAACCUACCUGCCGCCAAUCGGGGACGGAGGCUGCACAGCGGAGGGCGACCCUCCUUCUCUCGCCUGCCCGCUUGCUUGCUUGCUUGCUUGCCGGUCCAGAUCUGGGGGCAUCCCUGGGGCCAAGGUCAAGAGCGGCUUACAGAACACACAGCAAACAUUCAAUGCUGAUUAUACAAUUAACAAGGACAGACAACACAAACAGAGAUAAAUGGAAGAUCUAGAGACACGCAAAGCACGUCGGAUAGAGCAGAUGGUAGCAAAAUGGCUGCGUCGGUCACGAGAUAAUUCAGCUAGAGCGAGAGCGUCAGUGAGUGACAAGCCAUCAGAUGGUAUUGGUCAACCUCCAAGUCGUGUGAAACUCACAGUAGAGGUCCAGAAAGAUGUACUUCUUGGACAUUAUGGCUUUGAGGUUUCCCAAAACCUUCCUCUUCUUAUCACAGCAGUUGCUGCAGGUAGCACUGCUGAUGGGAAGCUUCUGCCAGGCGAUCACAUUCUUGCGGUGAACAACGAAGAAGUGGAAGAUGUCACUGGUGAACUAGCUGCUGCUCUUUUAAGGGAAUCACAAGACAUCCUCCAGCUUACAGUUCUCCGAUGUAUCUCGGGUGGCCCUAAAUCAUCCUUUCUUACAGCGGAGAAGAGAGCCAGGUUAAAGACAAAUCCUGUUAAGGUUCGCUUUGCAGAAGAAGUAGUAGUGAACGGCCAUGCUCAGGGCAGUUCUCUCCUGUGCAUGCCUAACGUUCUCAAGGUGUACUUGGAAAACGGGCAGACUAAAGCUUUCAAAUUUGAAACCAGCACAACUGUCAAAGACAUAAUUCUUACCUUGAAAGAAAAGCUUUCCAUUCGGAGCAUUGACCAUUUUGCCUUGGUGCUGGAAGAGCAGUAUAAUAUUUUAAAGAUGUUUCUUCUCCAUGAGGAUGAACUCAUUGAACAGGUAGUUCAAAGAAAAGAGUCUCAUGAUUAUCGAUGCCUCUUCAGAAUCUGCUUUAUGCCAAAGGAUCCCUUGCAUCUUUUUCAACAAGAUCCAGUUGCCUUUGAGUAUCUCUUUUUGCAGAGCUGCAGUGAUGUGCUUCAGGAAAGAUUUGCUGUCGAGAUGAAGUGCAGUGUCGCUUUGAGGUUGGCUGCGCUGCACAUACAGGAACGCAUCAUCACUUGCGCUCAGCCACAGAAAGUCUCUCUGAAAUAUAUAGAGAAAGACUGGGGCAUAGAAAACUUUAUCUCCCCAACACUGCUCCGAAACAUGAGAGGCAAGGACAUCAAAAAAGCCAUUAGCUUUCACAUGAAGAGGAAUCAACUUUUGCUGGAUCCAAGACAAAAGCACCUCCUUUCAGCAGCACAAGUGAGACUGUGUUAUCUCCAGAUUCUCAGAGACCUCAAACUUUAUGGAGGGAAAACUUUCAAUGCAACACUCAUGUUACAGGACAGAGAGUCAUGUGUCACCCUCUUGGUGGGAGCCAAAUAUGGAAUCAGCCAAGUUGUUAACAACAAACUCAACAUCAUUACCAUGCUGGCAGAAUUUGCUAACAUUAGCAAACUGGAACUUACUGAAGAGUCUGAAAAAGUAAGCAUGGUAAAAAUCUACCUCCAAGAUAUAAAGGUGCUGACCCUGAUGCUGGAAUCCAACAGUGCCAAAGAUCUGGCUUGUCUCAUCAGUGGCUACUACAGGAUGUUUGUCGAUUCAACCCAUUCCCUAUUUAUCUGGGGGGAGAAAAAGCCCCAAACACACCGCUUCUCCACUGAGGAAGGAUAUGAAUCUAGAACCGGCAGUGACUCGGAAGACUCUUCUGAACCGGACUCUUCCUUGGACCAUUUUUCAAACACACACUCCCCCAGACUCAGGCGUCUUGGGCCUCAGUCUAAGGAAGAUGGAGAUCCAGAGGACUUAGAGCAAGAAACAAUGACUCUCGGAGGUAAAGGUGAGGGCUUUUGCAACGGAUACGACAACACAAAUGACAGCUUGUCAGAAGCCUCUGACUCAGCCAACUCAGAAAGCCGAGGGCUUAAGACGAGCUGCUCAAGUGACUCUAUGGAUGCCUUGGAGGAGGAUGAUUUUGAAACAUGCUCAUCAAGCAGGCCAGAGUUUUACCACUUUUACGUCCCCACUCUUCAGGAGCUGACGAGCAAUAGCAAGGCCUUCUUGGGGGCAAACUCAGAAGAGGCACAGGAUUCUUUCUUUUCCUUCCUCCUGCCACCCAGCAUCCCCACUUCUGAACCUGUACAGCCAGAAGCAGAAUCCAGAAGAGAAAAUGAAACAAACGGUUCAGCACUGGCAUCGAAGCUAGCAGAGAACAACAUCAUGGAGUAUUACAGCCUCUGUGCCAACAUCUCUCCAGCCAGCAGUGGGGAGAAGAACCCCCAAAACAACAGCUCAGAGGCCAGCUCCUUAAAUGAGCAGGAGGAAGAUGAAGGCAUCCACGAAGGGGAGAGACAGAGAUUCCUCUUGGCUCCUCCCCCUGGGUUUGGAGACACCAGUUCAGAUGAAGAGUUUUAUGAUGCCGCAGAACGGAUGACGCCAACAGAGAGAAAAGCAGUUUUUGGCGCUCUAUCCCCAAAAACUGUGCAAGAUUUGAACUCCUCAAAGACCCUGUCCUGUGACAGUUCAGGUGAAAACUUUCUGCCAAGACAAAGCAGAAGGGCAAGAUAUAGACCUGAAAAGGAGCCCCAGGAUGUCAACAAUCUGAGGAAGAGGAGGUCUUUUCUGCAGACUAAUUUCACUUCACAGGUUACUUUCCCUUUUGCUCCACCUCACUCCCUGGAGAACAUUGAUCAUACUGGCUGUGAUGGAGAACCUGUGCUUCCAGGUACAUUGUCUUCCCCUGCUGCAAUCUCCUUCAAGGAACCUAAAAGUGAUUCUGGUCUUUUGGAAACCCAACUAGCUGGGGAUACAAUAGCUUCAUCUGACUCUGUAGACGUGAAGCCAGGUUCAUUGGAAAGGGAGUCAUCCACGGACUCAAGUGUGUAUCCUUUUUAUGUCAUUCAUCCCAUGAAAAGCAGAGAAUGUUCAGAUGCCUCCUUCAGCUCUGCUUCCACAGAAACGGAGGACAAUUCUUUUACCUCCGCGAAUUCUGCUGGCCACCAGAAUCAGUGUCUGAAUGUAUCCAGAAGCCCUGUUCACUUUGAAGUUCUUAAUACCACAUGCGAAGAAAAAUCAGAUCUUAGAGACACAGUUGGUGGGCUUCAGGAGCAUUGUUCUGCAGAUACAGAGCAUCAUGUACUAAAUGGAAGCUUAGGAACAGCAAAAGCCUCGCCUGAAACAGGAGUCAGUUAUGUAUUGAUUGAGGAAAUAAUACAGACAACUACCAAAUCUUCCCAGUUCCUUAACAACCAACCAGACAGACAGUUGCCUUAUGUAUCUGCUUCAGACCAGGAUCUUCUUCCUGCUGAGAAAGUGGAAAAACAGGAAGAACCUGAGCAAGAUCCUCACCAAAUGAAGCCCAUCGUAUGUGAGCCAAGGCAACCACUGGGCAACUCAGUACUCCGUAACAAUACCAGCAGAAUGCCAAGAGAAAACUCCUCACCUGAAGGCAACAAACAGUUCGAUUUCUCAAAUACAACUGAGCCAUUUUCUAACAUUGGUGGUGGUUUGGGUUCAGUAACAUGUCUCUCCUGGCCCUCUUUUAGUUCAGUGGUUGAUCAUGCAGAAAUAGGCCAGCAGACAGAUAAAACAUACCAGGCUAAUGCUGACAAAAGUAGCUCAUUGUCAAAUCAGGAUCCACCUCAUUUAUCAGCCAUGUCUAUUCCUCGGAACAGAUAUCUUUGUACAGAAAUGACUGGUGACCAGACUCUUGAGAAGAAAAAUUGCACAGGUGAUACUCUUAAAAUGGAUUAUAAUUAUAAAUUGCCUAGUCUGGUAACUGUUACCAAAGAAGAUACUGUGGAGCAGAGAAAAGCUGGCAGUUCAAAUGGACUCAGUUACUUUUCAUUUAAUGUUCCAUGUAAGUCUGCAGGGACCAAUGAGGAAAGCAGUAUUUCAGAUCAGCCAUUUCUUUGUUCUGAGAACGCCACAAAAAAUGCUACAGUAUCUAACAAUUUCAGUUCUCCAGUUCUAAUGAACGAGAAGGAAUCAAUUUCAUCAAAACCUAAGAGGGACAUGUGUAGUUGCCAGUUGACUUACACAAGUUGUUUCCACGGUCAAGACAAUGAGGCAGAACUAGACUGCACCAAACCCACUACUUGCAGUGGGUCUGAGCGGCCAUUAACAACCCCACCAUCGACAAGAAGCCCACUUCCUCUAGGCUUUCAUUCUACAAGACUUACUCAAAAACAUAACUAUGUUAAUGGUAACUCCAGAGAAUGCAGAAAUAACACGUGGGUUGCAGACUCGCACAUCAAAGCACUGAGAUACAUAAAGGAGAAAAUGUGUGCCACACCAUUUGAUUUUAGGCAUUUGCUAGACAAUGUGGUGGAACUACAGGGAAUUUUAGGACAGUUUUGGGGAAACCGAGUAAAACAUCCUCGAGAUAAGUGCUCCUCUCACUUUUCAGAACACAAGACCAUCUUGUACAUGGAAUCACAAAGGUUGAUGUCAAGCUGCCAGAAAGUUAUCAGAACACAUGGGUGUUUCUCAGAAACAUACAGUGCUCUUCAGGAGACCUUCCAGACCCUUCUCCAACUCACAGAAGUGUGCUUUCAGUUUACAAACUGUGGCCUGUGCAGUAGGAGGCACAGAGACCUGAUAAUCAAUCUUAAGGAUGUUGUAUAUAGCUAUCAUCAAUUUGUCCAGGCAGCUAAGCAAGCCUAUGAUAGAGACUCUCCCAAUGUGUGCAGGAGACUCCUGGUGUGCCAGUACACUGCUCUGAGUGCAGCUCUCUUCUGCCUUGUCCAACAGUUCAGAGCUUUGUCCUGCGUAUGAGAUGGAGAUACUGUCCAGAUGCUUCUCCAGCAUGCUACUAUCUUGCCCUUUGGUGGGAAAGAUCAAGCCAAGUUGUCUGCUGUUUGUUCAACCCAUGCUCCUUGUAAACAUAGUGGGUGUGUAAGAGCUAUGCAGAACCAUAUGACUCAGUAGGUUGUGCUCCUUCUCUAGUGGAUAUUUACAUUGCUCAAAUGAGGUGACAUCAACAGGAUGGGUCAGAGAAACAUGCCUUAUGAUACCAUUGUACAAGUAACAUAGUGUUGUCAAUUCCCUAAAGCAGUGGUUCUCAACUUGUGGGUCCCCAGAUGUUUUGACCUUCAACUCCCAGAAAUUCUAACAGCUGGGAUUUCUGGAAGUUGU